AUGAUUGAAGACCUCAUUGCGGGCGCGACCCCUGGUCGAGCCUUUCUCUGGUUAUUUGGAUCCUUUGUGGUCUUUUGCGUAUUCCGCAAGUUCCAGGCCUCAGCACAAAUCGCUCGUCUUGGCGCCAGGGCCCCCAAGAUUCAUUUCCGUCUCCCAUAUGCCCUUGAUUUUGUCUACAAAGGCCAACAGGCCAACGUCCUAAAUCAAGACCUCGAGUUCUGGGAAACAACGGUCUCGCAGGCAGGUGGAAGGGACAAUGUGAAGACCGCUGAACUAGAUGCGGGCAUCUCCACCCGUGCCAUCAUGACCAAGGACCCAGAGAAUAUAAAGGCCGUGCUGACGGGUCAGUUCGCUGACUUUGGGAAGGGUGAGUCCUUCCACAGGGAAUGGAAGGAGUUCUUGGGCGACAGUAUUUUCGCCACAGACGGAGACCUAUGGACCCGUUCACGCCAGCUCAUCCGCCCAAUGUUCGCUCGUGAACGUAUCGUCGAUACAGAGAUCUUCGAGAAGCAUGUCCAAAAGCUUAUCCCACUACUCGGGGGCAGCGGCUCGCCUACCUCUAGCAAGGUCGUUGAUGUCGGUUCCCUCUUCUACCGCUACACCCUUGACGCAGCAACGGACUACCUCCUCGGACAAGGAACAGAUAGCCUUGAAAAUCCUGAGACGGGGUUCGCCGAAGCAUUCAGAUAUGUACAACAACGCCAAUCAGAGCUCUUCCGCUUUGGGGUCUUCAACUUUCUCCUGUCCAAAGUUGAAUUCCGCAAAAAUCUCAAGAUAAUGGACGAAUUCAUCCAACCCUACAUCAGCACCGUCCUCUCCCUGUCAAUCGACGAACUAGAUCAAAAACUCUCAAAGCGCGAAACAUUCCUGAAUGCACUCGCCCGGUUCACGCGCGAUCCCCGCGUCCUGCGCGACCAACUCGUCGCCGUUCUCCUUGCUGGUCGGGAUACAACAGCGGGCACUCUCUCAUUCACACUUUUCGAACUUUCCCGGAACCCCGACGUUGUAUCCAAGCUACGAGAGGAGAUCCGUGACCGACUUGGGGUCGGUGCCUCUGCACAAAAGCCAACAUACACGGACCUGAAAGAGAUGAAGUAUCUCAACGCAGUCGUCCACGAGACUAUGCGCAUGUACCCCGUUGUUCCAUUCAAUGUGCGCUAUUCGCUGCGAGACACGACACUACCUCGUGGCGGCGGGCCGGAUGGUCUUGAGCCUAUUGGUGUGCGGGCUGAUACGCGAAUAAUCUAUUCAACUAUGCAGAUGCAGCGUGAUCCGGAUCUGUACGAUGGGCCUGACUCCAAGAACUAUUUCGAUCCGGGUAAGUGGCUUCCUGAGCGGUGGGCGACGUGGCAGCCCAGACCAUGGCAUUUCAUUCCGUUCAACGGGGGGCCGAGGAUCUGUAUUGGGCAGCAGUUUGCGACUAUCGAAAUGGGGUACACUAUUAUUCGGAUCUUGCAGGCAUAUGAGAAGAUCGUCGCGUUGCCUGUUGGAGGCAAAGACAAGGUUGAAGAUCCGGCCAUGAGAUUUGAGGUUACGCUGAGUCCCGGAUCGGAGUUGAACUGUGUUUUUGUCAAGGAGGGAGAGGCUUGA